AUAUCUAGGUAUCAUAAAAAGCAUAUAAAAAAAUAAUGAUGAUUCGUUUUAUCAUUUUAGAAAAGAUAACCGGCAGAAAUCAGAUUCACGAUAUUGUUUUGUCAAAUUACUGUAAAUAAUUUAUAUUGAAGUAUUUAUAUAACACGAGUUUUAUAUUAAUAGAGUGUACCUAUGAUACACUGUAAAAGAUCAGGAGUGAAUUCGGAGUGAUUACGGAUUGUAUCAAAAUCAAAAUUCACGCCUUCAUUCGCAGUCGCGGAGUUUUUAAAAAAAUUACUUCGAAACCGGAGUGAAUAGGGAGCUUGUUUUUCAGCGGAGUGAUCUGAAUUUUCUUUCAAUUCACAUUGACUCAUUAAUUUAAUUAUGGUGACUAAUAAGAAAGACAACAAAGUUCAAGAGAAGCUUAUUUUACAAGCUUUAGAUGAACUUGGACAAAGUUCACAACUUCUUUGGAUCGUUUUAUUCGCUAGUAUCUUAGUGUCAUUGAUAAACGGAUUAAAUACGAUGUCUUAUAUAUUCAUUGCUGAGGUACCUCAUUAUUGGUGCGCUAUUCCGGAGCUUACAAAUGUGAAUUGGACGGAUGACCAAAUUAAAAAUAUUUCUAUAAUCGAUGAAUGCCAAAAGUAUGAUUAUAAUUAUACAUAUCUCGCGAGUUUAAGGCAUGAAGAAGCGAUAGAAUAUGUAGAAGAUAUUGAAUUUAAUACCAGUGUUGUUUCUUGUUCAUCGUUUGUAUUUGAUAAUAGCGGAAGGUCGACGAUUGUCAAUGAAUGGCAAUUAGUCUGUGACAGAAAAGUGUAUAGAGCAAAUACAUUUCUUGCAUACGCAUUUGGAAAACUGAUAGGUGGUGGAAUUUUGGGAAUAGCCGCGGAUAAAUACGGAAGAAAACGAGCAUUAAUUAUCGGCUUAUUGUUACAAACUGUUGCCAUGCCAUUAUCUGCAUUAGUUCCAUGGUUCUGGGUUUAUAUAGUCUUCAAAUUUCUUGUAGGCGCAAGCGUUAGCUCUAUGUAUUCAACAGCUUAUACAAUAUUGUCGGAAAUUGCUACAAGUCGCAGAAAAAAGGUAUUCGGUGCUAUUAUUGAUUCAAUGUUUCAAAUUGGAACUUUAGUUCUUAUAAGUAUUGCAUAUUUCUCAUCAGAUUGGCGACAUUUGCAAUUAAUACUGUCAUUAUUUACUUUAUUAUUAGUAAUUAUUAUUUGGUUUGUGCCAGAGUCGCCAAGAUGGUUGAUGUCACAAAAUCGUCAUGACGAAGCAGAAAAAUUAAUCGAAAAAUAUUAUAAAACUAUUAAUCAACUGUCUGUUACCACAGAAGAUCCAAUGCGAACAUUCUUACCACUAGAAAAAUGUGUAUUGACAAAUAACCCAAAAAAAGGUUUAAAACGAUAUUUUGGAAAGUCAUCAAUUUUAUUCUCAGAUCCAAUUUUGAGAAAAAAUAUAAUUAUUAUGUACUAUACAUUUUUUGCCACUUUUUCAGUCAGUUAUUAUCUCAUUCUCAAUAUUGAUAUAUUCGAAACUAAUCGUUAUAUCUAUUCAUCAAUAGGAGCAAUUAUUGAAUUAAUAGCACUCACAUGUGUUCCAGCGAUUCUGAUGUUUUUCAGUUGCCAAAAAGCAAGUGUUCUACUUCACGUAAUUUUGUCUAUUUCUAUGCUAUCAAUCGUAACUAUUUCAAAAGAAAAUAUAUAUACAGCUAUGGUAAUGACAAUGAUAUCAAAAUUUUUCUCAACAGCAUGUUUUACGACCAUCGCGUUAUUUUGCUUAGAAUUAUUCCCCCCAGGUGUUAGAAAUUCCGCUUUUGGAACAAGUUUGGUCAUGGGACAAAUUGGAUCAAUGACAGCACCAUAUAUUGUUGAUUUGCUUGGUCAAGUUUCCUGGUGGGCACCCCCUGCACUUUGUGCUACUUUAUCCUUCACAACUGGACUUUUUAUCCUUAUACUCCCUAAAAAUGAGCUACAUAAUAAAAAUAAUAUCAAGAUUAAAGAUGAAAUUCCACUUAAGAAUAAUAGAACUUGAAUUAAUUAGAAAAUAAAUUUUUCUUGCUCUUCAAACUGAAAGUCGAAUCAUGUGGGUCAAAUGUGCGUAAACCCAUUCAUUUCGGACUGGAAUGCAUGGGCUUGGCACACUUGCCCCACAUGACUCUACGAUCUUUCUGGUCGCAUUACACUCCGGAAAGUGCCACUUUUGUGGCCAGCUCGCGGUACAAAAAGCUGUCACUAGAGUAUACUCUUAUUUUGUAUGGCUCGGUUAUGUAACAAAUAUACAGAGAUUGUUCAAUUACAAACAAAUAAUUUAGAAACUCAAAUAAACAAGGUUUGAAAAAA